AAAUAAUCUUAUAAUCGGGACAUUUUCCCUCCUCCUUGAUGAGCCAAUUUGGGUGGGCGUCCUUCUCAGCCUUUGUAGUCCACAACAAUGGCGUCUGAAAUCCCGCGCAAAAGUCUCUCCUCUCGCGACAAGGAAAUUGCAUCAUCUCAUGAUAAUGGUGGUGCUCGGGAGCCUCUUCUUCACGGGAUUCAUGGACCUGAAUACUAUUCUGCCCAUGCUGCAAUCCUUCCAUUUCUUUUCCCUGCAUUUGGAGGGCUACUUUAUGGCUAUGAUAUUGGUGCCACGUCGUGUGCAACAAUUUCUAUCCAGUCGCCAACUUUAAGUGGGACAUCAUGGUAUAACUUGACUUUUGUUGAAAUAGGUCUCAUCACAAGUGGAUCAUUAUAUGGGGCUUUGGCAGGCUCUGUGCUGGCCUUCAAUGUUGCUGACUUCUUAGGUAGAAAGAGGGAAUUGAUUUUGGCGGCAUCUCUUUAUCUUGCUGGAGCACUUAUAACUGCACUAGCUGUUGGUUUUCCUAUCGUCGUGGUUGGACGCUUUGUGUAUGGUAUGGGGAUUGGACUGGCGAUGCAUUCUGCUCCGAUAUAUAUUUCUGAGACAGCUCCAACACAGAUACGAGGGCUAUUAGUUUCUCUCAAAGAGUUCUUUAUAGUUCUUGGAAUGAUAGUAGGCUUUGGGUUUGGUAGUAUUCUUGUUGACAUGGUUUCUGGCUGGCGAUAUAUGUAUGGUGCUAGUACUCCAUUAGCUGUCAUAAUGGGAAUUGGCAUGUGUUGGCUUCCACAUUCUCCUAGAUGGCUACUAUUACGUGCUAUACAAGAAAAGGGAAAUGGCCAACAUUUAAGAGAGGCUGCAAUUCUUUGUUUGCACCGUCUUAGGGGUCCAGCUAUUGGUGACUCAGCUCCUCGGCUAGUAGAUGAGAUUAUGGGUGAGCUUUAUUAUGUAGGUGAAGAGAAAGAAGUCACGAUGGGAGAGAUUUUUCAAGGAAAAUGCUUCAAAGCUGUUGUGAUUGGUGCAGGACUGCUCUUGUUUCAGCAGAUCACUGGACAACCGAGUGUCCUUUAUUAUGCUGCAUCAAUCCUUCAGAGUGCAGGAUUCUCCGCGGCCCAUGAUGCUACCCGAGUCUCUAUUCUCCUUGCCUUGCUAAAGUUAAUUAUGACUGCUGCUGCUGUUGUCAUUGUGGAUAGUCUUGGAAGGAGACCUUUACUGCUUGGAGGAGUUUCGGGGAUGGUUAUAUCCUUGUUCCUUCUGGGUUCAUAUUACUUAUUCCUGAAUGAUGCAUUGAGUAUUGCGAUAGUUGGUCUUCUGCUGUAUGUGGGGGGUUUUAUCAG